AUGCUAGUCCGUCUCAGAUUCAUGCCAGAAAAUGCCAACCUCUCUCGGGCCUCUGUUGGGGUUUUUGCGGCGCUACGGAAUGAAUGGGCGGGGGAGACGAAAACACGUCCUCGAGGCCUGUUGUCAGCAGCCAAAGAGUCGCCCUGCUCUGCCGCGUUGUGGGUCACCUGGGGUGACGGUGCGGGUUGUGAGAUGCAGGAACGACCAGAUCAUUCUUCUCGGGUUUUCUCCAUCUCUCAUACAGCUAACACUCCAACCACCCCACUCAAUCACCUCCUCCCGGUCCUCAUUCGAUACCACUCCGUCGGCACCCUCACUGUUCUUGACACCACCGUCCCUCCCCUCCCCGUUGUCUCCCUUUAUCCCUUCCUUCUCCCGCUCUUCGACCCCCUCACACGCUUUGUCGCAUCAGCCGCUGUGCCGGCUCGGGCUGGGUGCCCUGCGGAGCCUCUUAAGACAUCCCUGCAACGUUGGCCUUACCUCUAUCCACCGUAUCCAGCCUGCCCUAAUCUCACUUGCACUUACGCUCGUCUCUCACCUGGUGCCAGCAGUUCCUGGCUGCCAGGACGCGUCAAAGACAGGCAUCUCGACCAACUCUUGGGUGUGCUCCAUUUCGGGCAAGACUCUGGUGAUGGAGACUCCAACCGUCUCAUCACUGGACCUCUUUUGACAGCUUCGACGUCUGAUGGUCCGGGGUUCUCCAACCCGUUCGUCAACAUUGCCAGGGAGCUCGACCUGGUCCGCUUCACUCUCUAUCCCCAGUAUCAGCGAUACACUUCCAUCGUUGUGGUCCUUGCAACACCAUACCUCACCAUUCGAUUUACUGUUCCCCGCGCCGACGCCUACCCAACUCUCUCGAUGGCUGCCUUUGCAUGGGAAUCGUUCAGCCAGCCGCGUCUCUUGAAAAUUCCCAGCCAGCCUUUCUUGACCGUGUUGGACCAGCUUAUGCGUACCGCCGUCAUGGCAUCGAGGGUCCGUAACACUCCAAGUCGGGUCCGGUCUGUCCAACCUGUUCCCGUUCCUUUCUUCGUCCAGCCGCCCAGGCGCUCUCCCCACUUUCAUGAUAUGGGUUCUGCGCUCCUCUCCACUUUGCCCUUCUUCUAUGGACCACUCUCUACCUUUGACUUUGAGGCAAUUACUUUCAUCGCAUUAGCCGCCGCCAUGGAACCCAAGCCAAAGCCCCUGCGAGCAAUUGCGAGCACCGCUAGCACCAACAGUUCCACUCCAGCCCCUACCAAGCGUCCAAAUGGCCUUCCUGCCGUCGCUACUUCUCCGGCCAAGAACAUAACGACCGAUUCCGGGCCCGCCACACGCCGUCCCGCCCUGGCUCCUCUGAGCACCAAUGUCCGAGGCGUCAAUGUGGCACAACCACGCUCUGCCUCCAUGAAGCACCGUCGUAGUGGAGGCAUCACCUCCAUGAACGCGGUGACAGACGACAAGACUUUCCAGAAUCUCAAGGGGGGCAAGAUUGCAGUCGCCAGAGACAUCCUGAAUAUCGGGGCACCCAACUUUGACGACGACUUGACGAACAUUCCCAAGAUCAAGGAGAACGCCGCUCCGCGCACUCGACGCGUCGCCUUUGCGCAGGAUUUGCCUGCCAAUAACGUGGUGCUCCAGUCAUCCGUCGCUCCCCGCGUACCUGCCACCCUCCCAAAACCUUCACCUAUCACCAAGAAGGUGAAGCGUAGCAAAUCGACCGCUGUUCUCGGUAUAGGUGGCCUCGGCCGCAGCCGAGACUCACUGUUCCUCUCAGCCACAUUUGGCAAGGCUUCCUUGACAACUUAA